UAUUUUUCAAAGCUCAUGGCUAAGGGAAAAGGUAAGAAGGGCAAGAAGGCUCCCAAGAAAGACGAGGAGCCAGAUGAGUCUACUGAGAAGUUGUUCAAACUUUACAAAAAGAAAUGCACUGAGCUCCAAUGCAGCACUUCCAAAGCUUUGAUGGCUAAAUUCUUGGAUGAUGAUGUUGAAGACAUUGAUAAAAUUCAUAUUUGGGAUGAAAUCGGAUGGCAAGGAGUUAAAGCUCUUAUGGAAUCUUUAAAGUCAGUGGAUUACCAACACUGUAUCUCACUCAGGCUUUGGAAAACAGGCUGUGAAGAUGAAGGAGUGAGAGCCAUAGUGGACUGGUUAGCCACUAACAGCACAGUCAGAAUGCUUGAACUGUUAGAAAAUAAAAUCACCCCUCUUGGUUGCGAUUUCAUCAGUAGAGUGUUAGCUCCAGAAUGCAACUCUGCUCUAACCAUUCUUAAACUAGAUCACAACGAUAUUGGAUCUGAAGGAAUAAUGAAUCUAUCUAAAGGAUUGACUAUGAACAAAACAUUAGAAGAACUUAGCUUAACAUACUGUAACAUCGAAGCUGAUGGAGCCAGAGCAAUUUUUGAUUUCCUUAUUUACACUAAGAGUGGUCUCAAAAAGUUAAAUCUCACUGGUAAUCAUCUUAGGAAUGAAGGGAUCAGGAAAGUUCUGAGAGGAGUCUCAUGUGCCAAAGUUCUAGAAGAGUUUCACAUUGCUGAUAAUCAGUUUGAUGAUAAAGACGAGAUUUUGCAAGCAUUCAGCUUCUGUAUGACCAGGAAUAAGACUUUGACCCACUAUGACUUGAGAUUCAAUGCAAUUCAAGACGAUGGUAUCAAGCAUCUGACUGAAGUCCUUCUUGAGGCAACCCAUGUAUGGAACGUUGAGGUAGGAGAAAAGGUAACUCAAGACAUUCUCAAGGAGUUCAAGGAGAGAUGAAAGGAAAAUAAGGGCAAAAAGAGCAAGAAGAAGAAGGGCAAAAAGAAGGGAAAGAAGAAAAAGAAAUAG